UUCAAUAUUAUAGCCCACUACUCUUCUUAUUCCUAAGGACUUUCACCCAGAAAAAGAAAGAAAAAAAAAUUUAAGAAAAAAAAAUCUUGCCUUUCUGUUUCAGCCUUGUUAAAGAUGCAAAGGCUAAUCACUGGUCUUUUAGUUCUUGCUUUUGUUUCACCAUAUUUGUGUAUUAGUUCAUUUGUUGGAACCACAAACACAGUUUAUAAUGUAAUAGACUUUGGUGCUAUUGGCAGUGGCACUGUUGAUGAUUCGCAGGCGUUUUUAAAGGCAUGGCAGCAAACGUGUGGAACACAAGGGGACAAUACUCUACUCAUACCAGCAGGAAAAGUGUUCCUGGUGAAUAGCAUCACAAUGAGUGGUAAUUGCACAGCUACGAGUAUUUCUAUUCAGCUUCAAGGGGAAAUAGUUGCACCGACUAAGAAUGCAUGGGUUGGAAAUAGCCUCAAUUUAAUUAUGUUCAACAAGGUAAACGGUCUCACAAUUGAUGGAAGUGGAGGAUUAAUUGAUGGAACGGGUUCUACUUGGUGGGGAUGCAAUUGUCCACGACCAGCGGUCCUUACUUUCCAAUCAUGCAAUAAUCUUAGCGUUAAAAGUUUGACAAUCAUAAAUAGUCCAAAAGCUCACAUUCAUAUAAAUAGCUGUAUGGGUGCCAUAUUCUCUUAUAUCAAUAUUAGUUCACCUGGUAACACUCCCAACACUGAUGGAAUUGAUAUUUAUUAUUCACAAAAUAUCCGGAUAGAAGAUUCCACUAUAGCAUCUGGUGAUGAUUGUAUUGCCAUCACUGGUGACUCCUCUUACAUCAAUGCUACACGAAUUGCUUGUGGACCAGGUCAUGGAAUAAGCAUUGGCAGCCUAGGUAGAGACGAUGCUUAUAAUACAGUCGAAGAAGUUUACGUACAAAAUUGUAGCUUCACGAACACUAAAAAUGCAGCAAGAAUCAAGACAUGGCCGAAUGGAUCAGGUUUUGCAAAGAAAAUUACUUUUGAGCAAAUCACAUUGAGCCAGAGUGGGAAUCCUAUACUUAUAGACCAAUACUACAAUCAAUAUUUAGUGCAAGAAGGAGUGCAACUGAGCGAGGUGACAUUCAGUGGGUUUCAAGGAACAUCGGCAACUGACCAUGCUAUUACCUUAAAUUGUUCCUCAUCAGGUUGUUUCAACAUUGUAUUGGAUCAGAUUAACAUUGUCUCUUCUAAACCAGGAAAGCCGGCUUACUGUUCUUGCAUUAAUGCUCAUGGAACAGCUACAGAUACAGUUCCAGAUUGUUCUUGUUUAUCGACAUGAAUUGUUUGUUAUCUUCAUCCAUGUAAAAGUUAAAUGAUUAUAAGUAACAUUUAUCCCUUAUAAUUUAGGGGUGAUGUUAAUAAAAGUUUAGAUAGUUAUCUAUAACUUCUAUG